AUGAGUCCUGCAAGUUUAAGAAAAUACCACUCUCACCUAACUCCUUCUCUACCCUCGAAACCAGUUGAUCCGCCUGAACCCACGCAUAAACAGAAACACAAGCAUAGGAGAUCUAGGAAAACAUCAGAAAGUUCAAGGGUCCCAAAAUCAGCUCCAGACGAGAGUAAACAAAGAACUGAAGAAUCUGACAGAUGGCGGCAGUCAACUAGAAGUUUAGGAUCGUAUACAAGUGUCUCAUCCUCAUCCAGAUCAGAAAGUCGGAACAGUUCGAACAGCAGUCAUCCUUUUGGUGUUCCGGAAAUACAGGAAUAUAUUCAAUCGGACUCAGGUGGAGCAAUUCCAGGGCCCAAAGUGUUCAGAUCUCAAACCAGUGUCCGAAGUGAUAUACCUCGGUAUGGAGUGUUCGGAGAGGAUAUACUAGACGGAGAUAAUAUGUAUUACAACCUUCCUAAACGAAACUCUCCAAGUCCAAGUGGUUGUUUUAACAGAAGUCAAAUUUUGACCGGAAAUAAAUUAUCCUUGUCGUCUUCACCCACUUCCGGUACUUUGUCUUCCAGCUCACGUUUAUCUAAUUACACACAGUCAUCAUUCAUAUCAGUUCCCCCGAUGAUAUCUGCGUUUGAUAAAAUAAUCUCUAACACGCUCCCAACUUAUCUGAAAAUGUCUGCUUUGUUUGGUAGUUUGGUACAAGAACAGGCUUCAAUGGUGGAGGAACUAUUUAAUACACAACGUGACUUUCUUCUUUCUUCUUGUAGGGGUGUAUAUGAGAGUACUGGUAGUGGACCUGGACAAGCAAACCAAAUCACGCUAAUAACAGAAUUUGCAGACAAACAUAAUAAAAGUUCAUGUGCUGAUCAACUGUUUUAUAUAUCUUCAACUAUUACAACAAUGGGUUGGGUGGUGAUAUCUCCGAAUCCAGUAAAGUUUAUCAAGACGAAGUAUGAACAAGGGCAUCAAUAUGUUGAGAGGAUUAUGGCCGGGGUCCAAGGCACAGAGAAAUCUUUUAUCAAGGCUUGGGUUGACAGUUGGCUUGAUCUGAUUGGAGAAGUUACAUUUUACGUAUCUGAAUAUCACCCUCAGGGGGUUAAAUGGAACUCAUAAACUUACAUCAAGGGGUCAAAUGAAACUACUUAACACAGCUCAGAGGGUCAAAUGGAAAUCAUGAACGAACCCGUCAUAGAGGGUCAAAUGGAACUAAUUCCUGUCCUCUGGGGGUCAAGUGGAACUCAAACAAGAAACUGUCCUCAGAGGGUCAAUUGGAAGUCAUAAACGAAACUGUCCUCAGAGGGUCAAUUGGAACUCAUAAACGAAACUGUCCUCAGAGGGUCAAAUACAACUCAUAAACGAAACUGUCCUCAGAGGGUCAAAUGGAACUUAUAAACGAACCUGUCCUCAGGGGGUCAAAUGGAACUCAUAAACGAGCCUGUCCUCAGGGGGUCAAAUAGAACUCAUAAACGAAACUGUCCUCAGAGGGUCAAUUGGAACUCAUAAACGAAACUGUCCUCAGAGGGUCAAAUAGAACUCACAAACGAACCUGUCCUCAGGGGGUCAAGUGGAAUAGAUUAGAUCCUACUUCCCAAUAAAAUCGAAAUUAACUAAUAUCAAUUAAAUGUUAUAUUUUUAAAAUUAAUCCGUUGUAAUAUUUCAUGAUGUACACUGUACAGAUGACUAAACUGAACAUAUAUAUGUAUACAAAAGUAUAAAGUAUGUACAUAUUACAACAGCUGUAU